CUCAACUCUUCCUAACCUAUUUAAUUUUACUUCACUAUACCGAAUUCACCAUUUUUCUUCGAUAACACUUGCUUUCAAUGUUCGUGUGAUGCAUUUCUGUGUUCAUCGGCUUUGCUUUUUUUCUCCAUUGAAGGUUGAACUAUCAUGACAACAGGUAGAUCACUAAACGGGAAAGAUGCAAAGUCUUCUGAAAAGUGCAAUCCAAAGAAAGGUUCCAUUGGAGUGAGAAGUUCUCCCAAGAGAACAAAUAAGUUAGAUCACAGAGCAAGAGGAUGUGGUCAACAGUUGUUGAUUGAUAAAGAGAAUCAUCAUUUUCCAUUUAAGGAACAAAUGAGAAUGUGCCCAGAGCUUCCCAACAAAGUUGUGUUUCUUACAGAAAAGAGAGAGGCAAUUGAACUUCAUCCUGGACAAAUGCUCACUUCUGCAAAAAUCAAGUUACAACUUUUCCCAAUUGAUGAAGGAACUCGGAUAGCACUUGAAAAGGAUGGGCAUAAUCCUCAUUUAGAACUUACACUUAGAGGUCGAAAGAAAAUAUCCUCAAUAUUGGAACACCUUGGAAAGAAGUGGGGAAGUUCAAAUAUAGCCAAAGGGGAGCUUAUACUCUUCCCAUAUAAUAUUAUGGGAAAUCUAUCUGACUGCAGAAGGUGGACAAUUAGUGAUAGUGACACAACAGCCUCCGCUGUUUAUGCUGCUGUUGGAAGCCCUGCAAUUUUCCGCCUGAAGUAUGGCUGGUUCUACAUACAUGAACCUAGGUCUUUUGGUAUACCUUCUGCACCAAUUCCCCAUGAGCCUGCUGUAUCUGGAGGUAGCAAUGCUAAUUUAGAGGAGACUUUAUGUUGUGAACGGGAAAAGGUUGAGGUAAGCAAAGAAUGCAAAGCAACUGAUGUGGGCAAUGCAGCAAGUGAAACAGUGGCUCAGAAAAUAGACAACGCAGCUGUUGAUCCUAUGGAUAAUGAGCAAAGAGUAAGUAAUGGCCUUCAACAGUCAUCAUCUCUAUGGGUUGAUAGUUUUCUCAAUAUAAGCAUAGGGGGCCUCCUGUCUGAAGCAUCACUACUAGGGGGCCUCGAUUCAAAAAUAUUUUCUGGCAUACAGCCGUGUGAAAUUACUUCAGAUUCAUUGGAUGCUUAUAUAGCUGCUCAUAUUAAUAAUCGUUCUGUUCCAAGAAUACCUGGUGAAGACUUGCGCACAUCUAUAUUGGAUGCUGAAGAAACAUGUCAUGCAUUUCCUCUUCGAAAGUUAUCUUUCCCAACAGAUGUGCAGACAGCUUGUGGAAAGAAUAAUUCUGAGAUAUGCAGACAGGAUGUUUCUUCAAACUCAUUAAAGUUGUCGAAUAUGGACAAGGUCAAUGAUCAAGAUGGACCUUCACAAAAUCCUCCAUCUGGGAAGACUCAGACAGACAUGUCACUUUCUUCACGCCCAUAUGAUGAUGAAAGAAGUCUUGGGUUAACAGGCAUCAAUUGGAAUGAUUCUAUGGGACCUUUUGAUCUUGGCAUGCCAGCUAAGCUUAUUGGCGGAGACAAUGUAACCAAUAGCAUUGACGGAUUUGUGAAAUAGCAGCUUAGAUGCAUAAUUCGUUGACCAAAUGACUCCGUUUUGAAGAUACGUUCUGAAGGAAAAGAAGAAAAAGGAUAUUGUACAUAAUAGAAACACUUGCCUAAGAGACAAGAGUUGAAAAAGGAAAGAAAGACACGAGCUUGGCAGAAUACCGAGUUGUCUGGUUUAAAUGUCCUCACAGAAUACCAAAUUGUCUGUUUAAAAACCAUAUUCAUUGAGGGGAUUAAUGAAUAAAUUAUUUAGUCAUUGAAGUAUCA